AUGAUUAAUCUGAAAGUUGUGAUGGAUACAAACGAGCAUAUUGUAGAUGACGAUAUAUGCAUUAAAGUUCCACAUAGGAAUAAAGCGAAAAAUGCUUAUUUUAAUUCAAAGAAAAAGAAAAAUAUUUUUACUGAAAGUGAUCAUCUAGUUGGAACAUGCACGCAUCAAGACGAUGACGAUGAAGAUGAAGAUCAAGAAUACGAAAUAACGAAUUUUUGCGUUUACGAUGAAAAUUUUGAGUAUGCACUUAUAUCUGAUUUGCAUGAGGUUCGGGGGGACAUAACUUAUUAUUGGAAUGCAACUGUGACUAUUGAAGAUGAGGAAUUUGAAUGGGAAGAGGUGCCAUUAAAAGAAAUUUCUAUCGGAGGUUAUGGCAUCGAAAUGUCUGAAAUUACGAUAUGGUUUAAAUCUUUAAGAGAUAAAAAUCUUUGGUAUCGACUUAAAAACCCACAUCCCGAAUAUGAAAAAAUAUUUCAAGUCUUCUACUGGAAAGCCACGCUAUCUAAAUAUUUUAUCGAUUACAUUGAUUUUCGCACAUUUUCAAACGAAGAAGUCCGAUUUUCGGAUUUCAAAUCAAAUUUCUACAUUUGGUUAAAUGAAACCUGGACGGAUGAUGAAAUUUAUGAAAAAUGGAUUUCUUACGUGGGUACAAGAACCGACUUUCGGUCUGCAAUAAUAGAGUGUGCUCGAUUUUUGUGGAAUCAAGCUAUUUUUCUUGAUGAAAAUACUUAUAGAACACUCAAGAUAUUUCAAGAGCUUGGACAGGUGACUUCUAAAGGUCCUGGGGGUCACGAAGAGGAAACUGUCGUCACACCGACGGUCUAUCGUUGGUUCAAAGACAUAUUCGGAGAUAAAUUAAAGAUCGUUGAGAAUGAAGACAAUAUAAUUCGGGAUGCUAAUGAAUCAUCAUUAAGCGAUAAGAUCCGCGUAAAAAAUCGAGAAUUUAAAACAAUUAGCGACUCUAAACCGACUUUUUUCCCACAAAAAGACGGAAUAUAUCAUCAAGUUGAAAUAGAUUCAAUGAUUUUCUCUAUUGGUGAUGUCGUGGAAUUACAAAACGAUAUAGGGUCUGAAUGGACAGAUGGCGAUAAAUGGUUAUGGCAAGUACUUGAUUGUUUUGUCUUUUAUUCUCUUAGCUUGCUUGUAUUAAAAGGUCGAAUUUAUUAUUAUAGUUUAAUUACUGAAUUCAUAAAAAAUCCAAAUAAUGAUGCACAAUUUCGUAUGGUUUGGAUGUACACGAGGUCGCAAACGGUCCUCUCAAACCUUGAUGAAGAUCAUCAUCGACAAUCACGAAAAGAACUAUUCUUUACCAAACAUUGUGAAUGCGAUAAAGCUCAACUUCUGACUAGCAUAAAACAAAAAGUUAGGGUGAACUUCUUUACAAACUCUUGUCCCAGGGAUUUUCUAACCUUACCGAAAGAAUUUUUGAAACCGAGUCAACUUCCACGUAUUUGCGAUUGCGCUGCUCCGAAGAAUCUGUUCAAAAAUUUUAUAGAAAAAUACGAAGUUGGGGAUUGUAUACUUGUAUCUCCUCAAAAUAAGGAUACCGAAAACUUAUUAACCGUCGCAUGUAUCGAAGAGAUCGUUAAAAAUCGACAAACUAUAAAGUUACGGCGGUUUUACCGGUGGUCUGAGGUCGAAUUAUCGAACAAGAAAUCAACUCAUCAUCCUAUCAACGAAUUAUUAUAUUCAAAAUAUAUUUUUGAAUAUAAUAAAUUCGAUAUAGACAUUCGACUGUGCCAUGUAGAAUACCUAAAAUUCGGAGAUCCACAACCUGUAAAUCUUCAGCAUCGAGGAUCGGCGAAUCAUUUUUUCUUUUCUAGACAAUAUAAUUUUGAAACAAAAGAAAUCAAGCCGCUCAAAUCUUCAAAAUUCGCUGACAUAUUCCCUGAUUAUUAUUACAAAGUAUCGGAUGUGGAAAAAUUGAGAGGCUUAGAUCUAUUUUGUGGUGGUGGUUCUUUAGGUCGUGGAUUCGAGGAUGCCGGAUUCGUAGAAUGUCGUUGGGCUGUAGACAAAUAUGAGGCUGCUCUAAAGACUUAUCGUGAAAAUGCAUCAGAUGAUGGUAUUACUAUUAUUCACGAAAGUGUUAAUAAAGUGUUGAAUGAUGCUAUAACUCAACCAAGGCAAACCAAAUUUCCAAAAAAAGGUGAUGUCGAUAUUAUCCUAGCAGGAUCGCCGUGCCAAGGAUUCUCGAGAAUGAAUUAUCAUAAGUAUAAUGAUAAAACUCAACAGAAUAAUUCCUUGGUGACAUCGGUGGCUUCAUUCGUUGACUAUUAUCAUCCAAGAUACUUUCUUUUGGAAAACGUUGCGAUUAUGGCUAAAUCUCUAAUAUUUAUGCGGCUUGUUGCCUGCUUGCUUGAAUUAGGGUACCAAAUCAGAUUUGGGCUAGUUUCUGCGGAAAGCAUGGGUUGUGCUCAGUCUCGUUGCAGAGUAUUCUUAUGGGGUGCAGCAGAGAACGAAGUUCUUCCUGAAAUGCCACCUAUAACACACCAGCUCUCAAAAUCCUAUAGGGGGUACGCAACAACAUUUAAACUCCCCAAUAGAUCAAAGUUGGAUGGCAUAGCUGUAGAAGAAAACCCGAUAACGAGUUUCCCAUUAAUCACCGUAAAAAAACUAAUAGGAGAUUUACCCGAGUUGGAUACCGGCAUUCUUUGGAAUCCUCAAUAUCCUGACCAUAUUUCACACAGGAUAAAUUACUUAUCAAAAGAGCUGCUAAGAAGAAUACCUUCGAUUGGAAACGCCGAUUAUUAUUCGGCUCGGAAAAUGGACCUUAUCCCUGAAAUUUUUCAUCAUCCUAGCUACGAAGCAAAAAAGAAAAAAUACGCAGAUAAUUGGAAACAGCUUAACUACCGGUAUUGUCAGCGUAUAAACGGCGAUGGCGUUUUUCCGACGAUUGCUACAUGCACGAAGCCUAACGGAAUCCAUCCUCAGGUUAUUCAUUAUGAAGAACCUCGUACUUUGAGUGUGCGGGAAGCAGCGCGGGGUCAAGGGUUCUUAGAUUCAGAUAUAAUCUGCGGAUCAAUAAAUGAUCAGUUCAAAAUUAUUGGAAACUCGGUUCCGCGAAAUGUAGCAUUCUCAUUGGGUUCAGAACUAGGAAAAGCAUUAACGGAUCCGCAUCAUAAAUCUUUAUCGGUGAAUUUGUUAAAUAAUUAA